AUGAUACACUCCUGUAGCGGAGUUGUGCCAAAGCGAUUGUGUCCGGUACAUAUACAUUACUGUGCAAGAACGUUCCUGGGAACUCAUUUCGAGACAAAAAAUCAAACCGUCGUGCUCAAGAAAUCUGUCAAUGCGCAAGUACCAAUUGUGUACCAGGUAAUAUCUGACAUAGCACGAUACCAAGAGUUCAUGCCGUAUUGCGUUGAGUCGUAUGUAAGCCAAAAAAACAAGAGUUCCCGCGUACCCGAAGCGGCAGGUUUACGAGUCCAAUUUCGAAACUACGAUGAGACGUUUGCUUGCAAAGUUUCCUGUAUUCCAACAUCCAAUAAUUCUUGGAGAGUGGUAGCUGAGUCCGUCACGCAUAGUUUGUUCACAUUCUUGCAAACGAAAUGGACCAUUGAGCAGCAUCCUACAAGACCCAAUGCCAGUGCAGUUGAACUCACGAUAAGCUAUCAAUUCAAAUCGAGCCUGUAUAACAGUGUUGCAUCCAUCUUCGGCAAAAGUAUGGCUCAAAUCGUGAUGAAAGCUUUCGAAAAGCGUAUAUUUCUCGUUCGCAAAGAGUCCGAAGCGACGUCCGCAUGA